AUGGAUGAGCAAUGUCCCAACUUCACGGAUCAUGGCAAUGUGCACAUCAACCGACGCAAUUUUCUUCGCCUGAUACGGAAUCAACUAGCCGUGGAUCGCGGAGAGGAUGCUGAUUGCGUGCCGCUCUACCUAUCAGGAUCACGUGGAUCCCUCUUCAAAGUCCGCCUGUCGUCGCAUGGCUACACGCUUGUGGCGAAAGGCGUAGAGGCGGUGGAUACCAAGCAUCUACGCUACGAAAACAAGAUAUACGAUCAUCUUCGGGUCCUCCAGGGGAAGGUCGUUCCGGUCUGUCUCGGUACCCUUGACCUUGUCAAGCCCUACUACUAUGAUAGCGGUGUGUAUAAGUACUUCAUGCUCCUCAGUUAUGGCGGGCGACCAGUCUUGCGAGAACUGGGAGAGGUCAACGCACGUGUCGCCAACGAGGUUCUCACUGCGCUCAGUCGACUGCAUCAGUACCGAGUUCUACACUGCGAUGCAGAGCUGCGCAACGUGCUCUACGAUAAACACACUGGUAGAUCGGGAUGCGCUUCGAGAUCGGUACGGCCUGAUCGUCUGGAGAUGGAGGCGGCGGGGACGAUGAAUCGCAUUCCGGUCGGUGUGAUCCGCGGGGUGUGCGACUACGGCGACGAGCACAAGAACAAGGAGUGGCAGGCGCACGCGGCGGCGAUGGCGGGGGCUUAUGAUCUACACUUUCCCUCGAGGUACGAAGCCUAA